AUGAGUUGGCUACUGAGUAGAUACGGGAACAGAACAGUAACAUACAGCAACAUGGGGCAGUACAGUGGCUCUAUGGGUGUAACGUUGUUGUGGAUUCUGCUGUGGAUAUCUAGAUCCGGUCAGGGACUCUCAGCUGAACUGACACCAAACUAUAAUGGUAAUAAAGUGUAUCUGGGUUCUGAUGUGAGUGAGCGUUGCGAGGUGUCCAGCCUACCAGAUGGGGCCACACUGCAGUGGGAAAGAGAUGGAGAUUCCACUUCUAACACCACGCUGUUCUACAACAACACUGUCCACAUGAUCAUCCACACUGUCGAUCAGAAUCUCCAGGGGAGAUCUAACUGCAAUUUCAGACUGAAUGGAGAGUUGUUGUAUACAGUUUAUACUACACUGUAUGUACAAACAGACACAUUUACUAACCCAUUGAUACAUCUGUUUCGAGAGAGCAGCAACAGCAGUGAGGUGAAGUUGAUCUGCAGGUAUAGUUCCUCAUACCGCAGAGCCAAAUGGACCGUGAGCAGAUCAACAACAUCUGUUACUCUGACUUCAUCGGACAAAGUCAGAAGUGACCGAUUCUCAUCUCCCUCAUUCAACGGAUAUGAUUUCCCACUGCAUGUCUCACCGGUGACAUUUGAGGAUAGUGGAGUUUUCACAUGUUUCUUUGAACAAUACAGGUUCAGCUCGGUUAAAAUCACAACCAUUCGAGUAUCUGAAUCUGGAGGGCCCCCUGGUGGCCAGCCCGUGGUGGUGAGGUGUGAGGUGUCGGAGGUGAGCGGUGACCCUGUGACCCUGGCCUGGAUGAGGAUGGAGGGGAGCAGGUGGCUGCUGGUCAAACAGGACGUCCUGACAGAGAGUCACCCUAACAGGACGCUCAGUGUGACCCUGCCCAGCCUCCGUAGCGACCAGCUGCACUGGCAGUGUGCUGUGUUCACAGAUGGCAUGCUCAGAGCGACAGCCUCCCUGACCCUCACACUCCCCAUACAGACAACAAUGUCAUCAAUGACAGAUGACUGUCUGCGGACUGUGGUCAUUGUGGGCUGCAUUGCUAUGGUUGUUGCUGGGGUCCUGGUUGGUGCUCUGGUGUUCUACCUGAAGAGGAAGAAGACAGCUGUGGCGAACCUACCGCUGACCCAGAAGAAUGACCCAGUGUACGAUAACGCCACAGAUCCACUAAGAGACCAAGAGAGCCAGAAGGGUCAAACAGGGGAAGAUGAGAAUGAGGAAGUUCAUUACUCUGAAUUUGCUUUGGGUGAACCCAGGCUUGGUGAUACAAACAGAGUCACAGCAAGGUCAAAUCAGGAAAGUGCUGUGAUCUAUUCAACUCUCAACAUAUAAGGAAAAUUACCCAUGUUAAGUUUCAGGGAUUGUGUUCCACAUUUUGACAAUGAUUUAAUGUGUAUUAGUCUACAGAGAAAAUGAUACCACAAUACUGAUUGCUUUUGAAAUUAUGCUAUAUGCCAGUUACCUUUCAUUUUAAACCUAUGAGAUUUGUUCAAUUAGUUUAUUAUACUGCUUUUGAUUCGUGCAUUUAAUGAUACAGUAAUAUAUGCUUACUAAGACUGCUGUGUAAAUACAGCAGCUAGCCCAUUGGAGGGUUUACAUUUUGGUCUGAAAUAUUGAUGGCUGUAACCUACAUUGCAGCCAUGGAUGCAAAUAAUAGUUUUAUAUAUUUGUAGUCUUUCAUGCAUGUGCAUUUUGUAUGUUUCAUUCGAUAUAUGUUUAAAUAAAAAUGUUUUUCGUC